UGGGAUUCGACGAAGAAGGACCAGGAUCACAUCAAGUGCGGUCAUGGCACAGCCUGACCCCAUGCCGAGUGAGCUCGAGGCAAAGGCCGAUGUCGGCGCCGUGUCAACCGAUGGCCCAGAAAAGUGUGACGGUGCGGCGACCGAUGAAACAACAAACUCCUACACCGCGGCGCCCGAGCUCACAACAGACUGUGACACUGCGACGACUGAGGGCAUCGCAGACGCUGAGAACACACCCGUUCAGCGCCUGCCCGAUGCUGCCACUCUGGAGAUUGCUGGGGAGAGAGUUGUCUCUGCACAAGAAGCCACGGAGCCAGACAGAGACAUGGAGCAAAGCCCCCCCAGGGUGCCCAAGCUGGCCCGGGUGAAGGAAGGGGAAGAGGAAGAAAGGCCUGGGCCUGUUCCAGAAGAGCAGCCUGGGGAAGUGGAGCAGUUCCAGCCCCUGCAGAAGAAUCCAGGCCAGCACCAGACACAAGAGCAGGACCGUGCCCGUGGCCGCUUCCGCAGGGCAGCACAGAUGGUUUGCGAAUUCACCAGGCGCAUUUGGAGGGAAGAGACCAUUGCCAUGGGCACUGGGGGCAUGGAAAACUCUGCCCUCUCCAAUGCCAAAACCAGUGCUGCCCUGCUGGAUAUGCUGGUGGAGAAUGGUGUCUCCAAUGCCAAGAAAGUGCCGGCCCUGGUGAGAUACAUCCACUGGUGGCUCCUGGCUAAUGGGUCUGCUGAGCGCAGACUAGACAGGAGUCUUCUGCGUCUGGUUGAGGCUCAGCCUGUGGAUGUGGUGGUGACUCUGCUGCGCUCUGCCCCAUCAUGUGACAGAGCUGCUGUGACCAUGUGGAGGACAAUCGUCUCCUCAAGAAGGGCUGCAGAGGCAGUGCUGAACAUACUUGCCAUUGUCCUGGGAAGCUGGCCUUCCUCCAGCAUGCUCACUUCUGAUGGGGAUGAAACGGAGGUCUUUGCCCUGGCUGCAACUGUGGCACUGUGGAAGAUCCUGCAGAUGCUGGUCUGCACACGUGCAGUGAAGACCUGUUUUCCCAAGCUCUUUGUGCAUCUGCUGUUCCAAGUGUUCUUCAGCACAGAGCAUAUGCUGGAGGAGGUUGACACCUUCUGGAGGGAAUGCCAGAAGCAAGGCAGCCUUCCCACCAAGCCCAACAGCUUUGCAGUGCUGACCAUCAAAGCCCUGCUGCGCCGUCUGCGCUGUGAGACCGUUUUGAUGGCAAUGGAACGGAAGCGUGGCUGGGACACACUCCUGAAUGCUGACACCCACCACUAUGCAGUGGGUCUGCUGGCCAGGGAGAUGGGCUGUGCCUGCACACCCUUGUGUUGCAGCACUGUAUGGUGCCUCCUGGAGCUGCUGAGUGAAGAGCUGUGUCCCUGGGACGUCCCUGCCAUGGCCUUCCUUGUGGAGGUCCUGGCCUAUGUGGAUGUGAAUGAGUGUGGCGAAGGCAUCCUGGAGCUCCUUUCAAGGCACCUGUGGAGCGAGUGCCCAGAGAUGCGUCGCCUGGCACUCAGAGGCUUCGUGGUUCUGAGCAGGGACCCUGUGAUGGCCAGUAGAAUCAGCAUCCUGACUGGAAGCCUUGUGCUGCUGUUGGGGGAUGCAUAUCAAGAGGUGGUCAAGAAAGCCAUCACUUUAGUCGGUCUUCUGUUCAUGGAUGAAGAUUUCCAACUACCCAGCCCUACCGCCUUGCAGUUGGCUGAGGCGCUGCAGCCCCUCUUUGAUAAUGAUGACAGCAGUGUGCAGCUCCCCUCCAUACUCGUCUUCAAUGGGGUGCUGAUGAUGAGAAAGAAAGAGGGAGAAAAGCUCCUGAAGGCACAUGUACAGCAGAGCCUGCUUCCACUCUUCUUCCACUGCCAUGAUGAGAACCAGCACGUGGCAGAGGCCUCUUGGGAAACACUCCUUUGUGUGGCUGAGUUCCUGAAGAGGAGAGCUCUCCAGAGGAGGCUGAGGAAGAAGGAGCUGUGGAGGUUCAGCGAGUGCCUGCUGAAAAAUGACAAGAGCAGAGUGGCCGAGUAUGUGCACCAGGCCCUGCCGUACCUGGAGAGCCCACAGGAGCCCAUGCGAGAGGCGGCCCUCAGGUUCAUAGGGAUCGCCGGGAGGUACCUGAGGGGACAGGAGUUGGAGCUGCAGAUCAUCCUUGAUGCCCUUGAAGAUUUGAAGAAUGACAUCAGCCCUGCUAUCUCCUGCCUGGCAGUUCAGACCUGCUGUGUCAUCAAAGCUGCCCAUAGAGCUCCAUCGUCCAGACUCCAGCAGCUCCGAGACUGGCUCUGCAGGGCCUGCAAGACCCAGGCUGCUCUGCGGGGCAGUUUCUGGCUGUGCUGCCAGAGCUCUGGGGAGCAUUGA